CCGCCUCCUGGACAAAAAGGGCCGCGGAAAAUGUAGCAUGCUGCUAAUAUCCUCUGUCUUCGAUGUUUCGAGAACAUUGAUCAAACGUCGACUCAUGUCUCUGUUAUCUUGCCCACGUCUGCUCUCACGAGUAGGCCAACGACUACAGCCUCUUGUAUGGUCUCGACGCUCAAGUUCCUCGCUAUGGCCAGAUGAGACCGAUUCUUCCAGCGAUGAUCUACCGCGCGCCUCCAGCUUGACCAAAGACAAUCAAAAUCCCAGUCAAAUUACACAGCUAACUGAGUCGCCCAAGCUGCAAGCCAAAGAUUGGAUGCAGCGUUUGGAUGGCUUAAGUGGCAAGGCACGGUUGCCGCGAAGCGUACAAGCAGUGUAUCUGCGGCCGCUUCGUAGAAAAGCUGAGUACGGCCUUCCAGUAUGUGAUCUCCAAUUGAGGUCAUAUAAUGUUCGGAACGUCGAAUUCUUCGCAGAUUUCGCUGUACGAGCUGCGUAUUAUCUCGGACUUCCAGUUUCUGGGCCUGUACCUUUACCACGUAUUGUCGAGCGAUGGACCGUACCUCGGAGCAACUUCGUUCAUAAGAAGAGCCAAGAGAAUUUUGAGCGUAUAACACUUCGUCGGUUGAUCCAGAUCAAGGAUGGCAAUCCUCAGACCGUUCAAGCGUGGCUGGCUUUCUUGAGAAAGUAUGCUUUUCAUGGGGUUGGUAUGAAGGCUAACAUGUGGGAAUAUGAGAGUCUUGACGUUCCCAAGAAUCUUGAUAGAGCGGGUUUAGAAACGGAAAAGUCACUAGAAGGACUACUUUCACAGUUCGGCCAAAGACAGGAUACAAGGAUCAACGAUUCGCUUGCUGACCUUUUAAACAAGGAUCACCUGGUUACGACGAAAAGCCCCCUAGCAGAGGUUGGCAAGCGGUGAUUGCUCAGUGCUCCUUUUUCUAUAAGCUGCUCCUGUGUAAGAUCGGUAUCACUAGAGCCUUGCAUUUCUCUCUUACUCAGAACUGGCGAUCCUCAAGGCUCUUUCCAUCCCUUUUAUCGCGAUUUCAUUACUAGCUGUGCCUUAAAACAGCUUCUGCGAAGACAAAACAUAAUAUGUCUAGAGCCUGACAUUGAUCGUUCUUUGUCCAUUGUGCUUAUAUAUCUGUAGUUACUACCCACUUGACUUCCGGAGUAUAGCGGAGGUGUUUCAGCUUUAUAGGUUAGAUUUACUCAAGGAUGGUACUGGUCACCAACAAUAUGGUAUCUGUGGCGUAUGUCGUGCAUGGCGAUAUUUUGCCAUCCCGUCUGUGACCGCCUUUCUGGCCGAUCUAGCGGCGGAACUUCGCCUUGACUGAUCCUCGAUGUCUUCCAUCUUAAUCAACC